AUGCUUUCUUCACCAGGACCGCCGGUCACAGUGCGCUCGGCACUGGUUUCCGAUGCCGCCCGAAUUGCCGAGCUGGGUGCCCAUGUCUUCUCUGCCAGCUUCGCCCACUCAGUAGAGCCCCACGAGCUCGCUGCAUAUUUGAAAACAUCAUACUCAACGGCAGCAAUUCAGGAAGAUUUGACUGAUGACUUGAAAAAUGUCCUUGUUGCCACGGAUGGUAAUGAUCAAAUCGUGGGCUUCGGUUAUCUGAAUCGUGGAAGUGACGAGCCUUGCCUGGCCAAUGUGGAUCACAAAGUUGAAUUACAACGGAUAUACAUCGAUCCCAUAGCCCAAGGAAAAAGCGUUGGUAGCUUACUGGAAAAGAAACUCGAGUGCCUGGCAAGAGAGCGAGGUUUUCGAAACAUGUGGCUUGGUGUUUGGGAGGAAAAUGACAAAGCUCUGCAGGCAUACGAACGAUGGGGGUAUCGAGUUGUGGGUGAUCACAGAUUUACCAUUGGUUCGGUUGUUCAAAAGGAUCUUAUCAUGCUUAAAAGCCUUUAA